GCGGCGAGGAGCGGCGAGGGCAUGGCAGAAGGAGGGCACGCGGGGGCUCCUCCCGUCCGCCUCUGGGUGCGCCGCGUGGGGGUUUACUGCGAUGAGCACCGCAAAACGUGGCUCGUGGCUGCGGAAGAGUUCUCUGAACAUGUCCCAGAAGGAUCCCUGCCAGAAACAAGCCUGUGAAAUACAGAAAUGCUUGCAAGCGAACAACUACGUGGAGACUAAGUGCGCAGCCGUGCUCCAGGAGAUGCGGAAAUGCUGCGCCCGGUACCCCAAGGGCCGCUCCAUCUGUUGUUCAGGUUUUGAGAGAGAAGAAAGAGAGAGAGAAAAGCUUAAGACUACUUCAGACAGAAUUCCUCCACCACCUCAGUAACACAAUGCAGCUCCGGCAGGUGCGAGAGCACGGACUCACCUGCGGAGCCCAUGUGUGGUUUUUUUUCGAGCCUUCUCUAGACUUUCAGGAAAGCCAGAAGGCUCCCAGAACACACCAUCCCGUGCACCAAAAAGUAUAACAGUACCAAGAGAUGGCCUGGUUAACAGACUGCAUUUUCUGUACCAAAACAUCAUCUACAUUGUCUUCGCAUUGCAACUGUGUCUGUGAAAAAUCGGUUCGAUGUUUUUAGAAUGCUUACCUUACUCUAACCCAUCCUCGCUCUCAAAAUGGAGGGCUGGAACCAAGUUACUCUGGCUUCUAGAGCAGGAGGUACAGGAAAUGUGCUCAUCAGAGUGAGUUUAAGCGUGACACAUAAAACAAAGUCCAUCUUGACACCGCAGAGGUAUUGCUGCCAUCACGCAGUAGUUCCAGACAACGUUCACCUGUCCAGUGGUUCAAGCUCAAGAACGGGAAUCAGGUCCGGGGUUCGUUCCUAGGUUUUGCAUAGCUCAUGAGUGGCAACGUGUCACUUUGCCUAAGUGCCUCACUUUCCCACUGGACAGGGUUUUGAUUACUAUAUUUGAAUUGCCUACACGCUGCUAUUUGCAUGACAAUAAAGAUGUUACAGGAACCUUAUUUCAGGGAUUGCUACAGGAAUAGGAUUUUUUUAAAAAAAGCAAUAUUCAUUUGGAAAAUCUGACUGUUGAUAUAAAAUUUAUAAAUUUCUGUCUAAUUGAAGACCUUUAAGCAAUAUGUUAUAAACCCAGCGUAAUUCAGCACGCUGGUACCCAGGGGCCUAUCACAAAGCCCUGGGCUAGAUCCAAGAACCGACUUAGGUGCCACUUACUGAGCAAGCAGUUGUAGGCACCCACUUCUGGUACAGCACUUCAGACUCACACACAAACCGUCUUGUGUCUGGACCCCAGGGAGAGAUGGCUUUUCAGAAGCUCUCACCUGUGCAGCAGAAUUUCCUGUGACCUGUAGAAGAGCUUGGUAGACAGGUUCCUGCAUCACCCUUUAGAGCUGCCCACGUCUCUCCGUCCACUGUAGCAGGAGUCCAGGCACCUCAGUGGGUGCCAAGCCAGGGCACCCACAUACCAGACUUUGAACCCACUAGGCCACUAACUCUGUCAUUAGAUCUAGCCGUAAGGACUUUUGUGCUGUGAUCAAGUACAAUUAAUUAUAAAAUACAGCUUCUAUAAAAAUACCACUGUAGUCUAGGCACAAUAGCUGAGUGUAUUGAAGCCUAGAAGAGCAAACCAUCUGUAUUCACUGCUCUGAAAUACCAUAAUACAAAAUAAAUGACUGGAACAAA